AUGGUCUUCCUUCUCCAAAGUCUCCGACGUCAUCCUGAGAUAAAUAGGUGGCUGGCAGUGACAGUGGGAAGUGGUGUUGUUUCGUUGUUGAUGAUAUCGAACACUUUCGAUGUUCAAGUGCUUCAUUACUUGGGAACUGUCUUCUUCCUACUCGAUAUGUUGCCACUUGCUCUAGCCUUUGUCGCUUCUUUUCUCCGAUACGAUAUGAUACGCCAUACAUCCUAG